UAUUCUGAAAGAGCGAAACAAAAUACCGUCUUUAUUUGGCCAUAAUUGAAUGUCGAAAUAAGCUAUCGUCGGCUAUUUCAACAUACAUGUAUGUCAAAAUAGUCGCAACCUAAAUAAAAUAUUCAAGAUUUCAGGUUAGAAUACCCGAUUGCAAUCAGAUCGAUCUGAUGCCGUAACCUCAAAUUUGGGUAUAUUAAUUUAGUUCCUCAAACUACAAAAACUAAGAUACAAUGCAGACAUUUAUAACCCACUUUUACGUUUAGAACAUUUUUUUCAAACAGGCGUACGUAUUUCCAUGUCAAGUUGUACCAGCUAUAUUAACGUUCCUAACAUUUCCACAUAUCCCAGCAUGACAGUGACGUCAUGCUACAAAAAUCAAUAUUUCGCAUAAUAUUCGAUUCAUUUUUCGAUUCUAUUAUAUUGAUUUUUAAUUGGAAAUUUGUACCAUUUCAAAGAAAGGUUAAAUUUUUCAUAAUAUUCGAUUACCUUUUCCAUCGUUCUCCAUGUUUUUCGCCGGUUCGUAAGUCCAAAAACAAUACUUGAAAGACACUGGCAUGCAUGAUGCGCAAAUGCAAAGACGCACACAUGCUUACAGCGCGCGCAUCGGUUCAAGCUCGGGAGAGGCAAUGAAUGUCACUUCACAAAAUCACUCUAAGACUCGCAGUAAAGAAAAGGGCCCUUCCAUCAUUGAAAUACCCAAAUUUUUACGUUUCACGGCCCUUGAAAUAGGGCAGCACGGGAUAACAACUUCGAAAUUUUAAAGGAAGCAACAAAAAAGGACUGCAAUGCAAGGGACGAAGCAGGAAUGACUCCAACACUCUGGGCAGCCUUUGAAGGAAAUAUAGAUGCACUUCGACUUCUUGUUGCUAGAGGGGGUGACCCAGACAAAGCGGAUUAUUUUGGAAACACAGCACUUCACCUUGCAGCAGCAAAAGGCCAUGAGUUAUGCGUUCGAUUCCUCGUGAAAUUCGGAUGCAAUAUUUGGUCUCUGGAUAUUGACAGGCACUCCGGGCGAGAGCUGGCUGCAAUUAAUGGCCGCGAAAAAAUUCUGCAGUUUUUAGAUGUCGCACAGGCGGAUCAGGAAAUGAACAAUCGUAAAAAGAGUAAAAUGAUGAAAGAGAAAGCAGAGAAGGAUGCCGAAAAAAGAUUGAAAGAAUACCUCAAAAGACAAAAAAUGGCAGAAAUGAGAGCAGAGAAGGAGCAAAAAAAACUGUUGAAGGAUCGAGCGAAAUUGGAUGUGGAAACAGUAAAUGACCACAAUAUCCUUCCCCACAGACCAAGUAUUUUAACUUUCAAAGGCAGAGUAAAACCUUCACCGACUUACAGUGAUAUUGUCGGAACAGGAACAAAAAGACAAGGAAGUGCAGUUCACAGAAAAGCUUUAGCUAGAAAGGCCGUAGACGACUUCAAAGUUGUGGAGAUUGAAGUAGAUGGAAAGAAAUCAAUCAGAAGUUUGAAAGGCCUCAGGAGAGAUUCGGAAGUGAUGUAUGUAGGAAAAUAUGAAACAAAUCCUCAACACCCAAUAGGUAGAAGAGGAAAAAUUUCCGACGUUUGGGGAACUUUGAGUAAAGCCCAAAGUACUCCAGAUUUACUAGGUGACAGAAAAUACGAAGCAGAUGCAGAAGAAGAAGAGGAAGAGUCAACGAACGUUGUGGGUGAGACGGUUCUUCUUCAAGAGCCUGCAAGUAUCUUCAAUCGACCAGGUUUCGGAUCCGUAGCCUUCAGGAGAUCAGUGACUGCCACACUCGAAAAUUUACCCAUUACUCAAGUUGAAAUUCAUCAUGCGGCAAGUGGAGAACCGGUUCGAAAUGGAUCCGAAAGCAGAUCAACAAAUAGUCAGAAAAAUUUCACAAAUGGUCAUAACGAAGAAAUCAGUAUUGGAAGUGCUGGAAGUUUAGUCCGAAGACAACAUAUGUGGGACGAUGACUUACUAUCUGAAGAGGAUGACACUGGCCAAGUUUGGACACCACUUGAAAGAUUUUUGGCAGCGCACAAUAUUAGCAAUAUAAGUCCAGUACUUGAGGCUGAGCAAAUUGAUUUAGAGACAUUAAUGUUGUUAACGGAAAUGGACAUUACUGCCCUGAAACUUCCACUCGGACCCAAAAGAAAAUUGCUGAACGCAAUCGAACUCCACAAAGCCUCGAACUGUCAACAAAGCGCCACCAUGAACAGCCGACUAUAAAUACACUCAACUCCCGAUAUAAGAAUCUCCGGUUUACGAUAUUCCUAUAUUUGAUGUUUUAAUCGAUGAGAUAAAUUCCCGGGUUUUUCCAGGUUCGC